AUGCAAAGAUAUGGUCAGACGGAUGGCAAGGAUAUGGUGGCAACGGAUGUGUUAAAUAAGAUCACUUCAAUAUUCGCACAUAAUCUGUGUAUCGAUACACAAAUGAUGUCGUCCUUCCGAAAGCAUGUCAUUUCUAUGGGCGAAGAUUAUGUCUUUAUUUAUGACUACCUGGUUACGCGACAUAAACUUAACAGAAUAUGUGGAUAUCCAGGUCUAUCACAUGACAGCGAAAUAGAUCUCCAGAAGAAUGUCUACGAAGACGGCGAUGAAGUGAGGUAUAGCUGUCCUUACGAUAAGAUCUAUGUCAAGACACAGACCAAGAAAUGUGUGGCCGGUGUGUGGUUAGGCCCGCGAUCCACGUGCGGCUACUUUAUUAAGAAGCAGUUAAUGAACGUUAAAGUUAUUAAUCUGGGAAACAAUAAGACCAUUGUUGACAUGAUUACCAGUAAUUACUCAGACAGUGAAUACCCGGCCUGUUAUUACGAUGGAAACGCUAUGGCAGUGAUAGUGCCCAACGCACAGGUGGCCCACGACUGGCACUUUGAGUUCUCCAGUCAUAUGGUCUUUGAUUUUUUCCGAUUGAAUCUCAAAUUCCCUAAACUGGGUCUAGAGGCCAGGGGUACCGGCAAUAAGAUCGACUCAAUGAGGGUCAAGAAUAUCCGUAUAGAAGGCGAGGAGGACAGGGCCUGUGCUCUAGAUUUCAGUACUCGUGACAAAUGGACCAAAAUAUUCUGGUUCUGGUGUACGGAAAGUGUGGCUAAAUUCCGGGACAGAACUCUUAAAAUUAAGUUCACAACAUAUUCGACACAAACAAUUAAGUCGAUCGGAUUGCACCAGGUCGCUAUCACGCAACUGCAAUACUGUGGUUACCCAACUGAUGACCAGAUUGUAUGCGAUCCCGAAGUCUCCCAUGAUAUCAACUCUUCCGCCAACUCUUUGGAUCUGAUUGUAUCUGAAGACGAGAUUCAAAAUGACUGUUUGGACGACGAGUAUUGGGCCGGUAGUCCUAAAUGUGUGCCCAAACUAUACUGUAAAGUAGAGUUCAAUGAAGUGUCCGAAGAGAUAGUGUCUGUGAAAAACGCGUAUAUCUUUGACACAAACAAAUGGUAUGCCAUCGAAGGGACGUCCGUUAGUUUUAAGUGCAAACCUGGCUUCGGGUUCGUCACCGACUCGUUUCGCACAUGUCUUCACAACUCAACGUGGGAUCAAACAGCACCCGUAAACAGCUUGUAUGGAACGAUGAAGUAUAACGAGAAUAACAUGGCGUGCGUUAUAUCCCCCGACAAUAUCCAACUCGCGAACCAAACCCUAGCCUUAACUGUUAGGCCCGAGAAUCACACGAAACACGACAUACCCGACGAUAAGCCCCUGUUCUCACGGCCCAAGCUAUUAGUGAGCUUUAAUUGGCGUGCGGCCAGCUAUUUAGCUAUAAGGGCGGCAUUGCCACAGGGUCAACUACUAUACCCAUUCGUACACGUGAGCACCAGGGUGUACAACACGACUGUUGACAUUUCCAUAAUCAAUCCCUUAGGAUACUAUGCCAACCUGUAUAUGGGACAGACUAUAAAACAGCAAAUGCUCAACGAGGACCUAGCUCAAUUUCAUACGUAUACCAUCGAGUGGAACGAUACUCAUUAUGAAUGGAGUUUUGACUAUAAAUACUCUUAUACUGCACCAUAUAAUCCGCUUAAUAAGCCGUUUCUUGGACCCCGAGCGGAAUUGAUAACCGAGGUGAAAAUUGACAUAAAUAAAGGCGAAACGUUUGCCUCAAAUGAUUACCUGAAGUGGAAGUGUUCGGCACUUAUCAUAGAUUAUGUUCGCCUCUAUCGAUGGGCUGAUGAUAAUACAGACCUUUCAUAUGAUACACUACAUGACAGCACUGCCAUCGCCCCUGAGAUUUGUAAGACUAUUAUGUAUGGUAUCGUUGGAAAGGAGCACAUGUCUGAUACCGCAACGGAUAUACCUGGAUAUAAUACUAAUGAAGAAAAUCCGAGUACAAACACAAUUAGUCCUAUGAGACUGAAACGGAUGAACCGAGAGAUGGUGUCCGAUGUUUACGACGACAACCGUAUGGAUGACUACGAAGAGUGCGACUAUAAUAUUGAUCACAAAUACGAAGAUCCAUACGAUACGAUUGGCAAUACAAAUAGUGUGGACCCUAAUAGCGUCCCAAUUUAUCUGGAAAUAUAA